AUGCCCAAAGCACACCGAGUCGCCUUCUACGAGCACCUCUUCAAGGAAGGAGUGCUGGUAGCACAGAAGGAUGUCUAUGCCCCAAAGCAUCCCGAACUGGAGACCAUUCCCAACCUCCAUGUCAUCAAGACGAUGCAAUCGCUGAAGUCCAAGAACUUCGUGAAGGAGCAGUUCGCCUGGCGCCACUGCUAUUGGUACCUUACCAACGAGGGUAUUGAAUAUCUUCGUGCGUACCUGCACCUUCCUUCGGAGAUUGUGCCCUCCACCUUGAAGCGCGCUGCCCGCUCGGAACCAAAGCGUGCCCGCACACAGGCUGGACCGCGUCCGGAUGGAUCCAAGAGCGGAGAGGACCGACAGGCUUACCGUUGUAUGCAGCAGGCUGGUCUAGGCGACAAGAAGGGAGAUAUCGGCGCUGGAGCAGGCGAUCUUGAAUUCAGAAACCAGUAA